GCCGCCCGCCAACACGUCCCAGCAACGAUAAAUCGUUGUUUACGUCGAAUCGAAAAUCGUUACGUGCGAUUUUUGUAAUCGGAUUCAGUGCUGUGAAAUCGAUCAUUGUGCUUUUAUGUAUUGUGCAGUGCUGUGAGAAUACAUAAAAUGUUGUGUGUACUGUCAAAACUUGUGCAAUUAUUUUGACAGAUUCAACAAACAGAAGACUUGAUCCUUUAAGAAGUACAAAAUUUUUAAGGUGUACGAUGAGUCUCCGACGGUGGUAGAGGCCGGGAGGGCGGCCGGAUGCGGCCCGCGCGCGCCCGUCCGCCCGCCGCCUCCGUCACUUAGCGGCGGCCGCGCAGACGCCGCGCUGCUACUAUGCGCAUGGCAAUCGCCCUGCCCACUCUGCUCGCGGUGCUGUGUGGUGCAGUGGGGGGCGCGGGCGAGGUGAUGGCCAACGUGAGCCGUGUUCGUCACUCGCCCCAACAACACCAUCCACACCGCAUGCAGACGGACGAAGAGCUGGACUCAACAGCGGCGUGGAGACGCUCCCACUGGCGCGAGAUGAGCUCCAUCUUGCGCCGAGAGCGGGAGGUGGUCGAGUGCUGCCCCUCCGUCCUCGAAAUGGUGGCCAAAAAGGGCGGGCGUACCUUCGGCGGCCUCUACGUAGAGUUAUACGAGGACGGUGAGAACAAACAGCGGUUGUAUGAACUGUCGUGUGCUCCUGAAGUGGUCGACCGACCAUGUCGCUUCGUAGACCCGCGAGUGUAUAACCAAUCGAGGUGCGUUCAAAAAUACUCAUACUCAUAUGCUUUAGUGCGGUAUACGACCACCACGGAGAUGCCCCAUCCGAGGACCGAGGGCCACUUCGCGGUCCCCGGCUCCGGGGACUGGUCGAUGGACUAUGUUAAAGUGCGUGCAGGUUGCGAGUGCCAAAUAACUCCUAAACGGAAAACGGCCCACAAGAAGCGGCUAGAGCGACAUCGGCAGAGGAGGAAAAACAAGAGACUCGAGGAAGAAGACGAAACCUGAUGUUAGUUGUGUCCUAGUGAUGUAAGUGGGAUAUUGAACAAAUUAAAACUUCCCGGUUUAGUAUUACGUGGUUGGCUGUACUUGCAUUUGGUCGACACUACAAUUGUCAAGUUGAAACUCUUGUCUAUCAGAUGGAAGUACAGUCUGAUCGAUAUUUACGUUACCGAUAUUGUACAAGUGGUCUCGCUGGCGACUAUCGGUGUAUUUUACUGUAUUUAUUUUUGGAAAAUUACGUCUAUUUAAUUACGCUUCAUUGUUUUAGUAUUAGUGUCAGCGAUCUUAUGAAAUGAAAUACCGUGCCUUAUAAUACAUUAAAAUGUUAAAUAUUGCGAUGAAUCUAUGCGAUUUUUAUAUUUAUACACACAUACAUGUUAAGUAGCUAAUACGUAUACAUCACGCUCACAUGUUUAAAGUGAUCAAUUGUAAGUUACAUCACAAUUACUUUCAAUGUUGCCAUUAUAAAUAUUUCCAAACCAAGAUGGAGCAGAUAAAGUAAUUGGCGCCAAAACAUUAUUAUUAACAUCAUAAUCGAUCGCUCGU